AUGCAAACUUUCCGCUCGUUCGUUGUUUCUCAGCCUGUACGAGAAAUUCUGUCUCGACGAUUCUUGCAGACUAGUAGCAUUCUAAACAUCAAGGUUGGUGACAGGAUUCCCUCUGUUGACCUGUUUGAAGGUGCACCCGAUAAGAAGGUCAACACAAGUGAGUUCAGCAAAGGCAAAGUGGUUAUUUUUGGGGUGCCUGGUGCGUUUACUCCUACAUGUUCAAAUGACCAUGUUCCCACCUUCCUGAAGACAGCUGAUGAAAUCAAGAAGAAGGGUGUCAGCAGCAUCGUGUGUGUGGCAGUUAACGACCCAUUUGUAAUGUCAGCUUGGGGGAAAUCCCUGGAUCCUUCUGCAAAGAUUCGUUUUCUGGCAGAUACCACUGGAGCAUUUGCUAAGGCACUUGAUUUGACUCUAGACCUGACAGCAGUUCUAGGAAAUGUUCGCAACAAACGCUUUGCUUUGGUCGCAGAGAAUGGUGUCGUCAAGGGCAUCAAUGUUGAACCAGAUGGUGCGGGCCUCAGCUGCAGCCGGGGCACCGACAUCCUCAAGCUGUUGUAG